AUGAAGUCGGGUUUCGUCGCCCUUCUCGUGACCUGCCUCGCAGGGAGCGGCUUGUCUGCACCGACGCACAAGCCUGCGUCCCAGCUGAACCAGCGCGAUGUCGAGGCGCUGCAAGACUGGGCAAAGCAAAACAAUGACUCCCCUCUCACAGCUAGGGCUGCCCGGGAUGGCAUCGACAUCCUCACCAACAUGCUCACCAACAUCUUCCAUGGCCACCCCGAAAACAGCAGGAGCAAGAGACAAGCCGACGACCUCGAUGACCCGGCGGAGGCGCUGGAUGAGGAGGAUGAAGAAGGGGAUGGUCGAGUGGCAGGCGGCCUCACUGACACGGUCGACAAUCUGACUGGAGGUUCGGGCGAAGGUCCGGCGCAUCACCUUACCGACACUGUCGAUGGUCUGAUCGGAGACCAACCAGAUGAAGCCCUGGAAGGCCUCACUGGCCCCGUCGGUGGCCUCACUGGAGCCAUCCCCGGUGGCCCUAUCCGCAAGACCCUCGACAACGCGCUCUCUCAGAUGUCGAAACGCAACAUGGACACUGACGCCAGCACAACCGACGAGAUGCUGCAACGUCGUGUUGUAGGGCUGGCUCUUGGUAUUGUCCAGAACAUAGCCAAGGGAGCAGGCAUCUUAGGCGGCCUAGGGGGCUCCAAGCGUGACGUUGCUGAUAUGACAAUGCCGGUGGAUAAACGACAACUCAGCGGCAUCACCGAUCAGCUUGGUCUGUCAGGAAAUGAAGCAUCAGGAAAUGAUGCUCAGGGCGUGCCUAUCGUCCCUCUUAGCGGACCGCCAUCGAACGGGAUCAACGAAAUGCCCAGCGGUGCUUCUGCAGCUGGCAGUCGCCCCAAGGAUGUGGCUUUCCCCGGUGGGUGGCCAGACGAUCUCAACAGCAUUGCAAAUGACCCUACAAACACCGCCAAUGGAUUCCCAACCAAGAACCCCAAGCCCAAGAAGCAAGACAGCCCUCUAGGUGCCGGCUUGCUACACGGCUCCGUCCUGCCCGGCGUUCUGGCGAAGCGGGAUGCCAACGAGCCCGAGGUCAACGAGAAGCUUGGGCUUGACACCCUACUUACCCUGAUCAACAAGCGUGGGAAGCCACCAGGUGGUCUGGACGGCAUCAAGGGCGGUGCGCCGGACCUUGGUCUGAGCGACGACCUCACAGGCGCUAUCAGCGGCGGUAAGGGCAAAGACGCCGGCAACUUUCCUGGCGCCAUCCGCCCAAUCGCGGAUCUGCUUGGACUCGGCAAGAAGGUCCCUACCGCAAACUUUAACGACCUGGGCGGAAUGAGUGGCCUCAAUGAUGCUGAGGAAGCAAACGAGCUUGACAGCAACCCUUCGCAUGUCAUGGCUCGCCGCGGAGCCGCGGGCAUCCCUGGCGACGUUGCAGGCAUGGAUGCGGCAACGAGCGACCUGAAUGACCUGCCUGGCAUCCCUGCUGGCCUCUUCGGCCCAAGCACGCAUUCAAACAGCGCGCACAAAGGCAACGGCUUUACGACUGCUACCGGAAAGCCCUCGGACGUCAUGGCUCGCCGAGUCACUUCUGGUACCCCUGGCGGUGUCUCAGGACUGGAUGCGACGGCUACCGAUCUGAACAAGCUCCCCGGCAUCCCGGAAGGUCUUUUUGGUCCAAGCACCCAUUCGAGCAAGGAUGAUGACCUCAAUCUAUCCGGAGGCCCUCGCUCGGGCUUCAUGACCAGACGCCGAGUCUCGGGCAUCCCUGGUAAUGUUGAUGGGAUGGACGCCGCCACGGGCGACCUCAGAGACCUUCCUGGCGUUCCCGCCGGCCUUUUCGGACCCGAGAAGGACUCUGAGAGUGCCGCAAAGAACGACGACUCGGAGACGCCUGCCACCACUCGCGGAUCCAACCUCGACGCGUCCCGCAAGGCUGGCGGCAGUGGCAUCGACAACAUCAACGCCAACAUGGCUACUCCCUGGAGGGCGAUGAAGAAGCCCAGCUGA